GCCUAGGAAAUCCCAUGGACAGAAGAGCCUGGCGGGUUACAGUCCAUGGGGUCGCAAGAGUCAGACACAACUUAGCAACUAAACCAGCCCCACUCUUCCAGUGGCCUGCAAGGCCCCACACAAACUGAAUUCUCACCUCUCCAGCUUAAUGUCCUGUGUGGCUGUUCCAUGUCCAGCCACAGCGGAGGGUCCUUGCAGAUCCAGGAACACGAGUCACUGAUUCUUGCUCUGCUCUGAAUGCUCCCCUCCCCUGGACACCAGCACGGCCCACACCUGCAUCACUUUCCAGCGUACUCAAAUGUCAUAUUCUCACAGGACCUGUUACUCCAACCACCCUCUCUACUCUGUACCACACCCCACACUCAUCUCCUGCUCCACUUCUCCUCUAACAGAUAGUCCUGACUGCCUUCGAAUUUACUGGACAAUUUGUACUUAUUUCUUAAGUUUAUUGUUUAUUCUGUGUUUCCAUCCACUAGAAGAUGAGCUCCAGGAGGGCAGGAUUUUUUUUCUUCUGCUUUGUUUCCUCAUAUUCCCAGUGCCUAGACACUGCCUGACGCAUAACAGGGACUCCGUUAACAUGUACUGAAUGAAUGAAUGGGUAAAUAAAUGAAUGAGAUCCUCAAGGAUCUUAAAAUGGACUAACCGCUGUCCCCUAGUCCUCUCUCUUCCCCAACACAUAUCUGCCAAUGAUCUUUCCCAGAAAUACAUCGAUCGUUUGUUGUCACCAGUACUGUUGAUACUUUGUGGCCAAAGGGUUCGAUUUAAUUGUAAGCUUCACGGAAGCUUGGUAGAGGAAAUGUGCUCACGACUUUGGCUCCAUGUCAGAGUUAAAUGGUGACCUUGGCUUACUUUGCUUCCCUUCAGAGGGUAUUUCUUAAUCGUAAAGGGAACACACUAUCCUUAGAAAAAAUACUGUUUUUGCCACUUUCAGCUUUAAAGUGGCUAUUUGAUAUGGCCUGCGUGUCUGUCCACAGCAGCUGAAAAAGCUUAAGGUGAGAGGCUCAGAGAAAGACCCAUUGUGUCAUUGGACCGAAGUGCAUCAUAAGAUGAAAUUAGUUUACAAUAACUUAUUUACCUGUCCACAUCCUUCAUAUCACAUUAAAGCUUUCCCCAGCUAGCCGGGACUCUGGAGUGCUAAGAGGAAAAGGGAAAAUCAAUUGAUAAUGAUAUAUUCAAUUUAGAAAAAUAUAUUGAUCCCCAGGUAAUGACAAUUGUGCAUUUAUUGCAGUGGAGGGGAUGUUGCCUGUCCUGAAGAUGGCAUUCACAUAUAUUAUAUUUGAAAGAGGAAACUAGGAAUAACCCUGCCUCCCCUUAACAUAUAGUCUCUUUCUAUGAGGUAUUAAUCUAUAUAUUUCAAAAAAAAAAACCUUCUCUCCCGGGAACCCAUCGUUUGCCUCCUCAAGGUCUUCUGGUCCAUUGUCUAAAAGUAAUGGUUUGUUUCAGUGGUUCUCAAGUUUGUGUCCUGUUCUCUUUUCAGCAUUAAAUUAAAGAUGUACAUUUUUUAUUUUUUCCCAUCUCUGGAAUUUCUUGGUUUGGAUUAGAUGAAAAAGAAUGCCACGAUUCUCCUUCUUAUUGAGUGAUUAUGGCUUUGCUGUGGGGAUUAGAGCCUUGUGCAUUGGGGAGUGGGGAAUUGAGAUCUCGUAUCUGCCCCCGGGGUUCUCUGCUACCCACUCAGACCCCCUUAUCUUGGUGGCCAGGCCAGAGUUUGGGCAUGGCCUGUGCGUGGUCAUCCACACCAGGAAAUCCAAGGUAGGGACAAGCUCCCAUUUAGGAUGGGGACCACCUAAGACGCUGGAAUUCCAAAAAAAGAGCUUUUCGAAAAAGAUGCUACUUUUCCCCACCGCACCCUCACUCUUCUCUUGUCUCUUUUUAGACGGCCUGGCCUCCUGGUGAUGCUCACCUCGUGCUAAGUGUUGGUGGCCAUCGAGGAUUUUGCAUCCUGGGGACGAAUCCUGAGCUUGCCAGAGACGGACGGUGCAAGGUCCGGCCUCUGUUUCCCCGUGAGGAGCAGCUGCGGCCCAGCGAGAUGUCCCGGCACCACAGCCGCUUCGAAAGAGAUUACCGGGUAGGCUGGGACCGCCGCGAGUGGAGUGCCAACGGGACGCAUGGGACCACCAGCAUCUGCAGCGCCACCGCUGGGGCGGGGGGCAGCUCCGCCAGCAGCCUCAGCACCCGGCCCGGCCUUCUGCCGCUGCCCGUGGUGCCCUCCCGACUGCCCACACCUGCCACGGCCCCCACGCCCUGCACCACUGGCAGCGGCGAGGCCAUCACCAGCCUUGUGGCCAGCUCCGCCCCCGCCACCACCGCCAAGGCCCCCGGAAUCUCCAAAGCAGACAAUCAGUCCCAGGGACUCACGACCAGCAUCCGGUGGGGGCAGACGCCCAUCAAUCAGUCCACGCCUUGGGACACUGAUGAGCCGCCCUCCAAACAGAUGAGGGAGAGCGACAAUCCAGGCACAGGGCCGUGGGUGACCACGGUGGCCGCCGGGAGCCAGCCUGCCCUGAUCGCACACUCCUAUGGAGUGGCCCAGCCUCCCACCUUCAGCCCGGCGGUGAACGUCCAGGCCCCGGUCAUCGGGGUGACCCCCUCACUGCCUCCCCACGUGGGGCCCCAGCUCCCGCUGAUGCCAGGCCACUACUCACUCCCACAGCCGCCCUCCCAGCCGCUGAGCAGCGUGGUGGUCAACAUGCCCGCCCAGGCCCUGUACGCCAGCCCACAGCCCCUGGCUGUCUCCACACUGCCCGGCGUCGGGCAGGUGGCCCGCCCGGGACCCACCGCCGUGGGCAACGGCCACAUGGCAGGGCCCCUGCUGCCUCCACCGCUGCCAGCCCAGCCGUCUGCCACUCUUCCCAGCGGUGCCCCGGCCACCAACGGGCCCCCCACAUCAGAAUCGGCCCACGGGCUACAGAUGCUGCGGACCAUUGGCGUGGGGAAGUAUGAGUUCACGGACCCUGGGCACCCCAAAGAAAUGUUGAAGGAAUUGAACCAGCAGCGCAGAGCGAAAGCGUUUACAGACCUGAAAAUUGUUGUUGAAGGCAGAGAGUUUGAAGUCCACCAAAAUGUUCUAGCUUCCUGCAGCUUGUAUUUCAAGGACCUGAUUCAAAGGUCGGUGCAAGACGGCAGCCAAUGCGGCCGGGAGAAGCUGGAACUGGUCCUGUCCAACCUGCAGGCCGACGUCCUGGAGCUGCUGCUGGAGUUUGUGUACACGGGCUCCCUGGUCAUCGACUCGGCCAAUGCCAAGACCCUGCUGGAGGCGGCCAGCAAGUUCCAGUUCCACACCUUCUGCAAAGUCUGCGUGUCCUUUCUCGAGAAGCAGCUGACGGCCAGCAACUGCCUGGGGGUGCUGGCUAUGGCCGAGGCCAUGCAGUGCAGCGAGCUCUACCACAUGGCCAAGGCCUUCGCACUGCAGAUCUUCCCCGAGGUGGCAGCCCAGGAGGAGAUCCUCAGCAUCUCCAAGGAUGACUUCAUCGCCUACAUCUCCAAUGACAGCCUCAACACCAAGGCCGAGGAGCUAGUGUACGAGACCGUCAUCAAGUGGAUCAAGAAGGACCCCGUGUCCCGCGCGCAGUAUGCAGCGGAGCUGCUGGCGGUGGUCCGCCUCCCAUUCAUUCACCCCAGCUACCUGCUCAACGUGGUGGACAACGAGGAGCUGAUCAAGUCAUCAGAAGCGUGUCGGGACCUGGUCAACGAGGCCAAACGCUACCACAUGCUGCCCCACGCCCGCCAGGAGAUGCAGACGCCCCGAACGCGGCCCCGCCUCUCCGCAGGUGUGGCCGAGGUCAUCGUUUUGGUGGGGGGCCGUCAGAUGGUGGGGAUGACCCAGCGCUCGCUGGUGGCUGUCACCUGCUGGAACCCACAGAACAACAAGUGGUACCCGCUGGCCUCACUGCCUUUCUAUGACCGCGAGUUCUUCAGUGUAGUGAGUGCCGGGGACAACAUCUACCUCUCAGGUGGGAUGGAAUCAGGGGUGACGCUGGCCGAUGUCUGGUGCUACAUGUCCCUGCUCGAUAACUGGAACCUCGUCUCCAGGAUGACGGUCCCCCGCUGUCGGCACAACAGCCUUGUAUACGACGGGAAGAUUUACACCCUCGGGGGACUCGGCGUGGCAGGCAACGUGGACCACGUGGAGAGGUACGACACCAUCACCAACCAAUGGGAGGCGGUAGCCCCUCUGCCCAAGGCAGUGCACUCAGCAGCAGCCACCGUGUGUGGUGGGAAGAUCUAUGUGUUUGGGGGCGUGAACGAGGCAGGACGAGCUGCAGGCGUCCUCCAAUCUUACGUCCCACAGACCAACACAUGGAGUUUCAUCGAGUCCCCAAUGAUUGACAACAAGUACGCUCCAGCCGUCACCCUCAACGGCUUCAUUUUCAUCCUGGGUGGGGCUUAUGCCAGAGCCACCACCAUCUACGACCCAGACAAAGGGAACAUCAAGGCCGGCCCCAACAUGAAUCACUCUCGCCAGUUCUGCAGCGCCGUGGUGCUUGACGGCAAGAUUUACGCAACCGGAGGCAUUGUUAGCAGUGAGGGGCCAGCCCUGGGCAACAUGGAAGCCUAUGAGCCUGCAACCAACACGUGGACCCUCCUCCCCCACAUGCCCUGCCCUGUGUUCAGACACGGCUGUGUCGUGAUAAAGAAAUAUAUCCAAAGCGGCUGACAUCAGCGGAAAGCCCACACCAAGACUGUGGACACGUCUGGUGAGGCAAAUGCUACUCACAAAGAUCGACUUUCAGCAACACCGAUAAGAGGCCGACCAACCCAAUCAAGGAACUCACUGCGCUGGACAGUUUGAAUACUCUCUACAUUGAAUGUAGGAAAUCAUCCUCGCCUUUGGGGGGACAAGAAGGAGUGGCCUCCAGGCAGCAGGAACCACAAACCUCCCAGCAAGCGAGCCAGGCCUCAGCGCUCCUGCAGGGGCACUUGCUCUGAACGGAGGCGCUCGCUUGGCCCCAUGCAAUGGAGUCUCACAUAACUUUCCAGCUGGGAGAGAGCAGCUGUCUUUUCCUUCCUGCAGAGCAAGCUUGACCCCCAGCCAACCAUAGAUCAGUCAUCCUCUGACAAUAUUAGACGUCAGGCUCUUUUGGAAUAAGAUCAAAGUGUCCUUACCACUUUGAUUCCUACUUUUGUUUUUAACCAAUCUACACUUUCAGUGGCCAAGGGAAAACAAGGGACAAUACUACGUUAUGGGGACACGAGGCCAAGGAGGCCACCAGUCCCUACUGGGUCGAUGAGUCCAGCCACCACGUGGAGCCUGAUGUGACUGGGGCAGGGCCACCGUGGGGAGAGCUGGGGACAGCCGUCUGUCCCUUCACAGGGUUUUCUACCGUGUUUUUGCUGGAGAAGGACAAGGUGAUUGUGCUAGCUUUCUCUUAUCCAAUAUGAAUUAUUUAGAUUUCCAAGGCAUUUUCUUGAUAAACAAAAAGGCUAUUUUUAAGUACCGAGAGAAGGAGGCGGCCUCAAGAGGGAUAAUGUGGGAAUUCCCAAAGCUCUUUGUAGGUAGUGCCAGAGUGGGGCAUUUGCUCCAAUUUUUCUAUGUGCAGAAUAGAGGAUCUCUCCUGGGGGGCUGGGGUGGUGAAAGCCCCCAUUUUAUUUUUAGAAAAAGUAACUCCCAGACAGCCCUGUAAAAGCCGUGCCUCAUGGAGGCACUGUCAAGGAAAGAUGACUGUUCCGGAAGGUAACCGGUUCUGGCUCUCAACAUCAGGCCAGCUCCCUCCAUGAGGUAAAGCUGAGGACCCGGGCCAGGCUGGAAGGGAAGGGGGGAGAAUACAUGUCUACAAAGCACAGGAGACUAUUUUUGAUAUUUAUAGCUAUAUAUUAAGGCACCUGCCACAAAGAGCUCUCAGGAUGGGGACAGCCUUCUCAGACGAGCCAUGACAGGCAAAGCCUGACGGGUAAGAGCAGAACUGCUCUUCUAGUAGCAUCUUAACCCAAGCAAGGGGAGCCCUGAGGGGAGGCCACCCCGUGGCUCAGAGAAAGGCCUUCCCGCUAGUCCUCAGACCCUCAAACCUCACACGGUGACCAGUUUCCAUUCCAGGGCACGAAGGAUGCGGCCGCCACUGCUGCGCUGUUGAGUCGAAGUUGGUACCAAAUACACAUUUACCAUGUUUAUAUCUGGGAAGUCGACUUGCCGUCAUCUUAUCGUGAAAACCAUUUCUAAGGAGAAAAGGACAGGACACGCGUUCCAUCUUUCAGUAUUUGAUGACACAAGGUCCCAGUGUUGGGCAUCAACUUCUCGCACUACAAGGUGGCUCCCACUUGGACAAGAUACCAAGCUUCGUUAUGCAGUUUUUAAUAUUAUUUAUUCUUUUAAAAAAGUAAUAAGCACAAAACUACAUACGUUGUAUGUCAUUUAAAGUAUUUAUGUCAAACAGGGUGCAAGUGUGAACCCAAGGACUGGAGCACAAGUGUCUAACUGCCUGGGGCAGGGCGGAUGUCAGCGUUGGUGAGCGUCUGCCUCCAAAGGAGGUGCUAGUGGUCAGCGAGACUCAACACAGAUGACAUUGAAAUCCCGUUUCUCUCCUCAUCUAUCACACUGGAGCAAAACUGGCUAUUUCUGUGAAUGAUAUAAAACAGGGUUCUCUGUAAUGGUAUUGUACAUAGUAUAUGUUUAUUGUUAAGUUCUUGUUAUAUUAUAAUAAAUAUAUUUAUAGCUCUA